UCGACGGAAGAAGCUGCCUUAUUAUCUUCUGUUUAACACGGCGAUGAGCAUGGCGGUAUAUGAAAUUGGCUAUUAUGAAAAUUUGGGGCAGGGAGCGACAUGGGACAACCUGUUUUACAGACCGAAAGAUAGCUUCAGCAUUACUAUACUUGACUGUGUGAUAAUGUUGCUUGUUAGCAGCACAAUCCACAUGAUCAUCACUUGGUACCUGGACAAUGUCCGACCCGGGGAGUUUGGAGUGCCCAAACCAUACCUCUUUUGCUUUAUGAAAUCAUACUGGUUCCGAUCUGACAAUGAACAAAAAGACAGCGUUAGUUUUGAUCUACCCCAAGACAGAUUCUUCGAGAAGGAGCCGACCGAAAGAGGCGCAGGAAUACGCAUCUGUAAUCUGCGAAAGGAGUUUGGAAAACGAGUGGCUGUCGCAGGGACCUCGCUGAACUUGUAUGAAGGGCAAAUAACUGUAUUGCUGGGCCCCAAUGGAGCCGGAAAAACUACGACUAUGGCAAUGCUUACAGGGUUCAUCCCUCCAACCAGUGGAACUGCUAUUGUGAAUGGCUAUGAUAUUAGAACAAACAUGGACGAGGUUCGCCGCAGUCUGGGACUGUGUCCUCAGCACAAUAUCUUAUUUGACACGAUCACCGUCUCGGAACACUUGCAAUUCUUCUCUAAGGUGGUGAUAUUGGAUGAACCCUCAUCUGGCAUGGAUCCAGCCGCUCGCCGCCAAACCUGGAGUGUUCUACAGGAAGCUCGCCAAGGUAGAACUAUCUUACUGACCACUCACUACAUGGACGAGGCGGAUAUUCUCGGUGACCGCAUCGCCAUCAUGGCCGGCGGUGUUGUUAAAUGCUGUGGCAGCUCCAUGUUUUUGAAAAAGCUGUACGGUGCCGGAUAUCACUUAAUUGUUGAAAUCAAACCCACCUGCGCCAUCAGCACCUUGACCAAGGUCAUCCAGUCAGUCAUCCCUAAAGCCACCCUGGAGACUGUUGUCAACACGGAAGUAACAUACCUGCUCCCUGACAACGAGUCCAAGAAAUUUGCCGAUUUGUUUCGCUUGCUGGACACCGAUAUGGCGCGCCUCCACAUCAUUAGCUAUGGGACCUCAGCUACAACGAUGGAAGAAGUAUUCGUAAA